CGCCGCGCGGUUAACGAAUUUAUAGUUAACAUUGUGAAGUGAAUUCAAUGUUGAUUGUUUUACUGUGUUUUAAGAUUCAAUUAAUUUGUCUUUAAUUUAAUCUAAAUUUAUAUUUCACUUGUGAGCCUGUUGAGGUUAUAAUUAAACAUUACUAUUGAUUUUUGAAUUUGGAAAUUAAUUUAUUAGUUUCUAUAAUAAUACAAGUAAAGACAACAUUGAAAGAUAAGGAAUACAGUGGGAGCCUGAAGCCAACAACAGCAAGAUCGCCAUCUUGAAGCAUUUAGUGACACUGUCUCAAUCUGGAUUUGGUGAUUAUUAAACUAGAGCCUAAUUCAAUUGGUUUCCAAUGAAUUUAACUGGUUUUAUCAAUGGUAAUUAAUUGUACUAAAUUCAAAUCGAAUUGCAGCAUGUUUGUUUCGUUGGACAACAUUAACCAGCCAUGUCUUUCUUUAACCUGGUGAUUCACUGUUUUCUUCUAGUUAGCCUCCCAUUUUUUGUUUCAUCUUCAACCAACAAUCAACGAUCUAUUACCUUUGAUGACAAUUAUUAUGUAGAAGGUGUUAUUAUUCUUCCUUAUGCUGAAAUUCAUGAAACUUUUACAGCCUACUAUGAUGGUGCAGCUAACCGAAGUCGAAUCGACUAUUAUGGAGAUUUGGUUUUAACCCUGCAACGAGGUGACAUCAAUUUUGACGACGAUGAUGUUCAAGGAGUAAGCUACAAAAUUGCCUACAAUGUUGAUGCUGCUGGUAAUCCUGGACGAGUCUGUUUCCAAGUUAAUGGUUCAUCAAUUGAUCCAGUUGCACCACAAUCUGCUUUUCCAGAUCUAACUCCAUUUAUUUAUCAAGGAAGCAAAGCCUGCCCUCAAUAUGGAUCUGAGUUCAAAGGAAGUGGUAUCUGUGAAAAAUAUACCAACAUAGUGAUUAAUGGGGAAAAAAAGAGCAAAUAUACUUUCUGGAUGAAAAGAAACCAAUCCGAUGGAUCGCCAAUUCCGGUGCUCUAUGAUAUGGAAGGUUAUAAUUCUCUUUUUGGCUCACAUUAUGACAGAUAUCAAGUAUUUUACCAAAACUAUCGUCCUAGAUCAGUAUCAGCUGAAGUAUUUGAGGUAACUCUUAAUAUGACCUGUGGAAGUUUCCCUGGAACUGGAGCUGGUAAAGUGCGUCAUUUACACAACCCAAUGUCUGAAUUUGUCAAUGAUGAAGCUACUCGUGAAGCUCAAGUAAGCAGAGCUUUCAAUCUAUUCAAAUCAGCUCACAACAAAAACUAUGAAAAUAAUUUGACUGAAGAGAAACGCCGUAAUCAAUUCCGACACAAUCAUCGUUUCAUUGAAAGCCACAAUCGUCGUAACAUUCAUUACAAGUUAAAGGUUAAUCAUCUAGCUGAUUUCAUGGAUUCUGAAUUGAGAUACAUGAGAGGUAGACUUCGAUCCAAGGGAUAUAAUGGUGGAAGUCCAUUUGGUCUUUCAGAAAGCAAGCAACGUCCUCCAGAACUCGAUUGGAGAAUUGCUGGUGCUGUAACUCCAGUUAAAGAUCAAGCUAUUUGUGGAUCUUGUUGGUCUUUUGGAACCAUUGGUACCAUUGAAGGUGUUCAUUUUGUCAAAACUGGUCAUUUGGUUCGUUUGUCAGAGCAACAAUUAGUUGAUUGUAGCUGGGAUCAAGGAGACAAUGGUUGUGAUGGAGGAGAAGACUUCAGAGCUUAUGCUUAUAUUAAAAAAGCUGGAGGAAUCUCUCUUGACGAGGACUAUGGUGCAUAUUUAGGACAAGAUGGAAAAUGCCAUGACUCAAAAGUACCAAAAGUCGUUAAGCUCGCCGGAUUUGUCAAUGUUACUUCUGGUAGUGCUGAAGCUCUUGAACUGGCUCUAUUUGAGCAGGGGCCUGUUACCGUUGCAAUCGACGCCUCCCAAAAGACUUUCUCCUUCUAUUCUCAUGGUGUUUAUUAUGAUGAAAAUUGUGGUAAUACUCCAGAUGAUUUAGAUCACCAAGUUCUUGCCGUUGGUUACGGCCUACUCUAUGGUCAACGUUAUUGGCUAAUCAAGAACUCAUGGUCAACUUAUUGGGGUAAUGAUGGUUACAUCUUGAUGGCCCAGAAAAAUAAUAACUGUGGAGUGACAACUAACCCAACCUACCCACUUCUCGUUUAAAUUAUUUAACAAAAUCCAUAAUCUACAUUAAUUGUAACCAUUAUUUUCGUUUGAGUUGCAUGGAAGUUGCACUGUCCAUUUCAAGAUGUAGGACCCGAUAAUAAUCUGACCAUACGGAUUAAACAAAGUCAGAGAUCUAAACAGUUUUUCAAUUAAAAG